UUUCUUCCACCUACCCGCGAUUUGAAGAACAAAAAAUGCCGUCUCAAACUUGUAGCCUAGAAUUCUUUUAGUUUUACUUCAGACUGGUUGGAAAAUAUCCCCUGAUAAAAUGUAUUUACAAGUCAAAUUUAUUCUAGUUUUUCUCUUAUCAUCGUAUAUUAUUGCCUCAGAAAUCGAAUCAGUGAGAAUUCACGUCGGCCUGGAUGCAAAUUCAGCUCAAACAUUCAAGAAAGUUCAAAAUUCCACCGAUUCUAGCAAAAAGUUGGAAUCUUUUCAGGUGGUUCUGAAUGGAAACGCCACAAUUUCAAGCGAAAACAAGACAUUCAAAGUGGGUUUUUUCACCCCGAAUGAUGAAUAUUGGUAUUUCGGGAUUUGGUAUGCUUCAAUCCCGAUUCCGGCGUAUAUCUGGGUAGCAAACCGCGAAAAUCCUAUCAACAACUUAUCGUCAGCAGCUGCGGAGAUCACCGGCGACGGUAAGUUGGCCAUAGUAGACCACGAUUCAAGGAACAUCGUGUGGGAAUCGAACAAUGUCGAAGAAGGAAGUGAUUUGAGGCUGUUAGAGCAAGGGGAUUUGCUUCUGUUGAGCAGCGACGGCCGGAUUGUGUGGCGGAGCUUCGAUUUUCCGACGGACACGUGGCUUCCAGGUAUGAAUUUGACGGCGGAGCGGCAGCUGACUGCUUGGAGGAGCUCAGUUGAUCCUGCUCCGGGCAGGUAUUCUCUGCGGCUGAAUCCACCUUAUUAUGGUGAACUUGCACUUGUUUACAGUAGUAAGAAUAAUGAUAUUAGUGUGGGUAUGAACAAUCCUUUUACGUAUUGGACUACUGGAAAUUGGAGUGGAAAUGCAUUUGCUGGUGUGCCUCAAAUGACGAUUCCAUACAUAUAUAAGUUUAACUUCGUUGACCCUUUUACUCCAAUGGCGACAUUCGGGUACACGGAGGUGCCCUUGGAGAGUGGGCUUCCGUUGACGAGGUUUGUCCUUGAUCAUAUGGGGCAGCUGAAGCAGUUUACGUGGUCCCAACAGAGUCAAGUGUGGAACACUUUUUGGUCUCAGCCUGAUAAUAUCUGUAGAGUUUAUGCAUUGUGUGGGAAUUUGGGGCUGUGUAAUGGAAACCCUUUGAGUCCUUGUCAAUGCUUUAAUGGUUUUAGGCCAUUGAGUAGUGUUUCAUGGAGUAAGGAUGAUUUUGCGGAGGGUUGUUCGCGGGAAGGUGAUGCUAGUUGUAGUGAGAAUGAUGAGUUUAAGGAGGUUGGAGGUGUGAGCCAUGACAGGGCAAUGGUUUUUUCGUUCAGUGGGAGUAGGAGUGAGUGUGAGAGUACGUGCUUGAAGAAUUGUUCUUGCGUAGGUUUUUUUCAUAAUUCAGAUAGUAACUCGUGCAACAAUUUGUAUGGUUCGCUUCUGAACUUGCGUAAUGCUACUUCUGAUAAUACAAUGAAGGAUAACUUGUAUGUGAGGGUGGAGUCCAGGGGCGGUGACAAAAAGAAGAAGAGCAAGGAGACGGCUCUUUUGAUCGGAAUGAUAUGUGGGAUUCUUGUGAUUUUGAGUGUGGGAACCGUACACUUGUACUGGAGAAGGAGAAAGAUUAUGAGAAGGAGGGGAGAAGACGACAGUGGGUUUCAAGUUUCGAAUCUAAGGGUGUUCUCCUAUAAAGAGCUUCAUGCUGCAACUAGGGGUUUCUCGGUGAAGCUAGGUCAUGGAGGGUUUGGGGCAGUUUUUCAAGGUGUGCUGUCGAAUACUGCUGCCGUGGCUGUGAAGAGGUUAGAAAGGCCUGGUGGCGGUGAGAAGGAAUUCAGAGCAGAGGUGUGCACUAUAGGAAACAUUCAGCAUGUUAAUUUGGUGAGGCUAAGAGGAUUUUGUUCUGAAAACUCUCAUCGUCUCUUGGUUUACGACUAUAUGCCAAACGGACCUCUUAGCAUGUACCUGAAACACACUAGUCAGAGUCUGAGUUGGGAUGUAAGGUUUAGGAUUGCUGUUGGGACAGCAAGAGGUAUUGCUUAUUUACAUGAAGGGUGUCGAAACUGCAUUAUACAUUGUGAUAUAAAGCCUGAGAACAUCCUAUUAGAUGAAGAUUUCUCAGCUAAGGUGUCGGAUUUUGGGUUGGCUAAGUUGAUUGGCAGAGACUUUAGCAGGGUUCUGGCAACCAUGCGAGGUACAUGGGGGUAUGUUGCACCAGAGUGGAUCUCUGGUGUUGCAAUCACAUCGAAAGCUGAUGUGUAUAGCUAUGGAAUGACAUUAUUGGAGUUGAUAGGCGGCAGGCGCAACGUGGAGGGGCCACCUUCUGCCGGUGGAGGCGGAGAGAAUGAGAAAGAGAAGUGGUUUUUCCCUCCCUGGGCGGCACGCCAGAUUAUUGAAGGAAAUGUUGCAGCAGUCGUGGAUAAGAAGCUUUCGCAUGUUUAUAAUGAGGCAGAGGCAAUGCGUCUUGGCUUAGUUGCCGUUUGGUGCAUACAGGAUGAUGAAUCUACUAGACCUUCGAUGGGGAUGGUAGUGAAAAUGCUGGAAGGUGUGGUGGAGGUGACCAUUCCACCACCUCCGAAGCUGCUGCAAGCAUUAGUAUCCGGUGAGUCCUUUCAAGGCGUCCUGCCUGAUUCCGGAAGAAGGGUUCCACAGCAGGAUGCUGGCAGUUUUGAUGCUAACACCUCGAUCUCCAUGGACUCGAAAGAUUCCAAAUCGUCACAAUAAUUUCUCUCGUGUUAGCAUAGGUUGAGAAUCAACCUACUGAUAACAAUUUAAAGAUGUACUUAUCAAGGUUCAUUGCUUCACUAGGGCUUAUCCGUUUAUGCUUGAAAGACUCGAUCGUUCGCCGACCCUUUACCACUGGUGUCACAUAGGAUGAACUACACUCUUCAAGAAGCUGGUGAGACAUGCUGUGAACAUGGCGACGACAACGAUAACUACCGGCAGAUGGAGAGAUGGUAGACUAGUAUUUUGACAGGAAAUAUCAUACAGGAGGGAAAAUUUCAAAGAUAUUUGGGUUACGGAAAAUGCUGGAGGAGUAGCAUUGAACAGCAAUGGCUCACCCUCUUCAACAUCAACAUCUUCAUGAAAAUCGACUUCAACCUUGGUUUCCAUAGAAAUCAAGAGACCGUUGUCUGAUUUUCUGAAAAAAUCUCUCUUCUGCCAUCAUGCUUUGCUUGGAGAUCAGGUACUUCAUUCAAGGAUCCUGUGCUGGCAUCAGAUCCCUUUCCAUUUGGUUUCCCAUCCUUUUCACCAACAGCAAGCCGAUUAAGAAAGUAGUAGGGGAUUUGUCCUAUCUCCCUAUUUGGCCAUGGUGCUCAACUUCACUCAGCCAGUCAUAUCAGGAGUUUCCAUUGGAGGAGGAGGGCAAGAUCUGGCUGCUUUCAUUAAUCUCACUUGUUACGACGUUAUAGGUCCACACUUGUCUCUCUCACAUUGUAGCAUUGAUGCAGAAAAUUUGGAUGGGGAUGAUAUUUGAGACUUUCUACAAAUCCUAAUUCUACUGCUGAUUGUGUGGAGAACAAAGCUAACCAUCUUGUGUUGCAUGAUCUCUAUCAUGCUAACAAGAAACACAUCAUUCACAUUGAAGAAAAUUGGAGAUUAGAUGAUGAUUGUGUGGAUUACUUUUAUACUUCCGAAAGAAACAAGAAUUGUGAGAGUGAAAUUUGCUCGAAAAGGGGCACAGUUUUCUAAUCGAGAGUCUUGUGUGCGAACGUUCCACAGGUCAAGAUUCUUUCAUGCACCCAUCGGAUAUGAGUUUUUGAUAGUUUUGGUGUUUGAGUUUUUUCAUAUAAGGCAUUAGAGUAGUUGCAGAUUCAGGCAAAUCUAUAAAAUUGGAAAGUAAUUUAGUGGGAUGGGAA